AUUCUGGGGAAUGAAGUUGCGGUUGCACAUCUUUUGGAGGUGGACCUCGGCACUCAGCAUCUUCAUCCCCCACCCAAAACCUUCAUCUGUUUCGGCUCCUUUUGUUUCUCUACUCUCCGUUCCUCCGGUUCGUCGCAUCGGACGUGUGGAGCCCUCAUGGGCAGUGUUCUGGCCUUGGCUGGUGCGGGCCGUCAGAACUGGCCUUUCUCCUCGGACACACCCCCUACCCAGUGGGACACGCCCCUUCCCCACUGGGAUACGCCCCCUCGCUGGGAGAGGAGGGACGGACGCCUCCCCAACCCCGGGAGCUUCCAUGCCCUGCAUCAUUCGUGCAAGGAUGUUUUCCCACAGCAGAUUGAAGGAGUAAAGAUGAUGGUCAACAAAACCCUUAGCAGCUUCUUCAAAGCCAGUCAUACCUUCCACCUCAGUGCAGUGAGUCCGUCUCAAUACCGCUUCCAUGUGGAGCACCGUCAGUCUGACAGUCACGGCAAAGAUACGGACUCCCCCGUGCUGAUCGGUGAGAUGGACUCCUCCGGCAGUCUGAAUGCUCAUUCGCUGCUGCAUCUUAGCGAACGAAUCAGGGCCAAGGCUGUGUUUCAGACCCAGCAGGCUCAGUUCAUGACGUGGCAGUUUGAGACGGAGUACAGAGGAAGUGACUUCACAGCAGCUGUUACCAUGGCGAACCCUGAUGUCCUACGGGAGUCAGUGAUCCUGGUUGCCCACUUCCUCCAGAGUGUGUGUUCAGGGUUGGUGUUGGGAGGAGAGCUGGUCUACCACAGAGGAAGACAUGAAGAGGGAGGCAUUCUCACCCUGGCUGGACAGUACUCAGGUCCUAAUUGGGUGGCGACACUGAAUGCUGGGAAAGGAGGAGCUCACGCCAGCUACUACCAUAGAGCUAACAAACAGGUACACAUUGGGGUAGAGUUUGAGGCCAGUACCAGGACCCAGGAAACGACGGCCUCCUUCGGGUACCAGAUGGAACUACCAGAGGCUAACAUGGUGUUCAGAGGCAUGGUUAACAGUAGGUGUAUAAUUGGAGGAGUACUGGAGAAGAGUCUGUCUCCUCUCCCUGCUACACUGCUGAUGGGAGCCUUCGUUAAUCACCGUGGUGACAAACUGCAGGUGGGGCUGGGAAUCAAUGUGGGCUAGACUACAACACCCACAACCCUCUACAGAAGGGACUCCCUCACACGCCCUCUCCCAGCCCUGUGGCCUCGUGGGAAACGGCGUUCCUGUUUUUGGAGGAAGAAAAUGGUGCAGCAAGAAUUCCCCUAGCGACCACAUGGCAACUGUUACAUCGCUUCCUGUUGAAAAACCUGAACUGGACAGACUCACGAGAUGUCAGCUCCACACAUAGAGAGCGAUAGAGGACUAAAUUUAGUAUCUGUGACAUUAUAUCAUCUGACACAGCAUGGGCAUUUUGAAGUAGUACAUUCUCUUCUUAAACGAUUGGCUGAUCAAUCUUGAUGACCCAGUUAAACAUGGCUCCAAUAGGUUAAUCGGGAGGGAUCGGCCAAUAGAGUUGGAAGUCCCACCCAGUUGACUACAUUAAAAUGGUGGAUGGAAUCCAUCAACGGCGCUGUCCAUGCUAAUAUGGCCCUUUGGCCACUGGAGGUCUCUAUCGUUCUCUAUGACUCCCCACACCUCAUAAUGCAUAAUGGACAGCUCAUAGCAUUAACCAUGUGUUUGAUACCAUUCCAAUGAUUCCGUUCCAGCCAGUACCACGAACCCAUCCUCCCCAAGUAAGGUACCACCAACCUCCUGUGCUCACCUCCCAUCCCCCAUAAUGCACCUCACCUCCCACAUAACGUACUCUAUGUAUACUAUAUAUUGUAAUAUCAUAAUAUAUUUGUACUCUAUGUGGGGCCCUCUAGAGAUUAAACUGAUGUUGAGACUGGGACCCUCUAGAGAUGAAACUGAUGUUGAGACUGGGACCCUCUAGAGAUUAAACUGAUGUUGAGACUGGGACCCUCUAGAGAUUAAACUGAUGUUGAGACUGGGACCCUCUAGAGAUUAAACUGAUGUUGAGAUUGGGACCCUCUAGAGAUUAAACUGAUGUUGAGAUUGUGGGACCCUCUAAAGAUUAAACUGAUGUUGAGACUGGGACCCUCUAGAGAUUACACCCAGACAGAAUGAUCUCUAGAGAUAACGGGCAGACAGAAUUAUCUCUAGAGAUAACGGCCAGACAGGAUGAUCUCUAGAGAUAACGGCCAGACAGAAUGAUCUCAUCCUCCACAAGCCCAGGAGCAGGAGAUAUUACUAUAUUAUACACUGAAUGUACCAAAUAUUAAGAACACCUUCCUAAUAUUGAGUUG